UUUCGCCACGAGCUAAACCUCUGUUGUAAACUCUCACUUCUCUCUCUUUCUUUGCUUUGUCUCUUGUGAGAAACUGUCAAAAGAAACGAUGCGCCAGUUAUCACCCACCUCAACUUUCUGUGAAAGGAAUGAGGGCCACCCAAAGAUAUCGAAUCCCCAAUUACAGGUUGAGACCAACAUGUGCACCAGUUUGAUCCCCAAAUCCCCAACAUGUCCACAACAUCAUCACCAACCACAAAAUCCCAACGAAACCCAUUGGUCCCUGGCCCUCCUCGAAGCCAAGUGUAUUUCCAACAUAUCCUUCUCCAUGAUCCUAACUGGUCUAUUACUCUAUUCUCGCUCCAUGAUCUCCAUGAUCUUCCUUGGCCACCUCGGAGAACUCGCUCUCGCAGGUGGCUCCUUAGCCAUCGGAUUCGCCAACAUCACUGGCUACUCUGUUCUCUCUGGCCUCGCCAUGGGAAUGGAACCCAUCUGCGGUCAGGCCUUCGGAGCCAAAAGGUUCAAACUUCUCGGCCUCACCAUGCAGAGAACCGUUCUCCUUCUUCUCCUAACUUCACUUUUCAUCUCAUUCUUCUGGCUCAACAUCAAGAAACUAUUACUCCUAUGUGGCCAAGAAGAAGACAUAGCCAAUGAGGCGCAAUUCUAUAUAUAUUACUCUCUCCCAGAUCUUAUAUUACAAUCGCUGCUGCACCCUCUAAGAAUCUAUCUUCGAAGCCAAUCAAUAACUCUUCCUCUCACGUGCUGCGCCGCUCUCUCCAUUAUCCUCCACGUGCCCAUCAACUACCUCUUUGUCUCCGUCCUCAACCUCGGAAUCGGAGGCAUCGCGUUAAGCGCCGUGAUCACCAAUUUCAACCUCGUCGCGUCGUUGGUUAUUUACGUUGUGGUAUCAGGCACGCACAAGAAAACGUGGCCGGGUAUUUCCAGCUCGUGCUUCAAGGGGUGGAAAAGGCUCCUGAAUCUCGCGAUUCCGAGUUGCGUGUCGGUUUGUCUGGAAUGGUGGUGGUACGAGAUAAUGAUUUUACUGUGCGGGUUGUUAGUGAACCCUCAUGCAAGUGUUGCCUCCAUGGGGGUUUUAAUUCAAACCACGGCUUUGAUAUACAUUUUUCCGUCGUCUUUAAGUUUUGGAGUGUCGACGCGUGUUGGAAACGAGUUGGGUGCGGGGAAUCCUGUGAGGGCGAAAAUUGCGGCGCUGGUUGGACUCUGUUUCAGUUUCGUAUUGGGGUUCUCUGCGUUGGCGUUCGCGAUUUCGGUGAGGAAGGUUUGGGCGACGAUGUUCACGGGGGACGGAGAAAUCCUUGCUUUGACGUCGAUGGUGUUGCCUAUCAUUGGGCUUUGCGAGCUCGGGAACUGUCCCCAGACGACGGUUUGCGGGGUUUUGAGGGGGACAGCGAGGCCGAAAUUGGGGGCAAACAUAAACUUGGGUUGCUUCUACCUAGUGGGCAUGCCGGUUGCGGUGUGGUUGGGGUUCUUUGCAGGGUUUGACUUCAAAGGGUUGUGGCUGGGGAUGUUGGCGGCGCAGGGGUCUUGUAUGAUCACAAUGAUGUUCGUGUUGGCGCGGACCAAUUGGGAGGGACAAGCUUUGAGAGCUAAGGAACUCACUUCAUGUGAUUCUAACGAGGAGAAAAAACUGGUGGAGGAGGAAGAAGAGAAAGAGCUAGAGCAAGAAGUUGAGGAAGGUUUUUUGGGAUCAUGUGCCACCAAAGAAUCAUCUGAGUUAGUUGUUUGAUUGGUAAUAGAGUAACAACAAACUCAUCACAACAGUCUCCGCAGGAUUCAUGGUUUAUUAUAUUCAAGAUUCAUGAUACAUAGAAAGAUUAUUCUUCUAUACAGUCGAUUAUUCUUUUGUUGGAAAAGCAAAAUCAAACACAGGAUCUAUUAAUUGAAUUUAAAUGUAUAAUAUACUCUUUCUUGAAAAUUGUUUCGAUUAGCA